AUGGAGCCACAGCCGAAGCCGGCCGAUCAAUCCGUCGCCCAGCCGGGUCUGCCGUGCUCGGCUCGCCCCAUCGAUCGCGCGAUGCGGUGUGACGUCACCCGCGCAGCGCGCUUGCGCCGCCCCGAGGUCCGACUGCGGUUCACGUGCGCAGACCAGAGGAUCGCCGGCGGAGGCCAUGUGCGACCGGCGAGCCGCCGGCGUGCCGGCGCGAGCCCGCCGAUAGCGCGGACCACGAGGAAAUGCCGGAAACGCAGCGGCGCGUGCCGGCUUCCCUCGGCCGAUCUGGGUCACCCGAGGGACCAGGCGGCUUUCGCUCUCACCGCCGGCGGGUCGGCAGCGACAGUCGACAGCUGCUGCGCGCGGGACUCGUCGGCGCGCCGUGACCCGGGACGGACGAUGUUCACCAGCAACACGGACGGCGCGGCCGAGGUGGCCGAGCCCUUGCGCACCGAGCUGUACCCGGCCGAGCCGGCGGCCGACUCGGCGCUCCUGGACGACGACACGUCGGACGACGUCGAGCCCGAGAAGCCCGAGAAGCCGCCCCCGGACCCCGGCGUGCCGGACGGCCCCGUUGUCCGACUCAGGCAGCCGUGCGCGGCCAGCCCGGCGCGGACUGGCGAGCCGCUGCUCGACGUCAACGGACGGCGGCCCGACGCCCACCGCAAGUUCCUGGUUGAGGUGCGGCUCGACGAGGAGCCCAAGAAGACGCUCACCCACUGGGACGUGUGCCACUUCAGCGCGCUUCCCAAGUGGCUGCAGGACAACGACUACCUGAUCCACGGGCACAGGCCUCCGCUGCCUUCGUUCCGCGCCUGUGCGCUGUCAGUGUUCCGCGUGCACACCGAGACUGGCAACAUCUGGUCGCACCUGCUCGGCUCGCUGGCGUUCGCCACUACGGGCGCGCUCUUCCUGUGGCGGCACAACCUGCCGCUCGCGGAGCAGGCCGUGUUCGGAGCCUUCUUCUUCUGCGUGUUCCUCUGCUUCUUCACGUCCACGCUGUACCACACCAUGCACUGCCACUCGGAGCACAUUGGCAAGUUCUUCAGCCGACUCGACUACUGCGGAAUCGUGAGCAUCGUGGCCGGCUGCUUCACGCCCUGGAUCCACUUCCUCUUUUGGUGCGAGCCGCGCACCAAGCUAUUCUACCUUCUGCUGGGCUACGCCCUGUGCGUGGUCACCAUCAAUCUGACCAUGUGGGAGAAGUUCGGCCGGCCGCACUUUCGGCUGCUCCGGGCCUCAGUCUUCACGGGCCUGGCCGUCAGCUGUUCACUACUUCCCGGCGUGCACUUCGUGGCAGUACAUGGCCUUCACCUGGCCUUCUUCGAGCUCGCCUACGGCUGGCUCCUGGCCAUGUCGCUGGUGGCACUCAUCGGCGUGGCACUGUACGCGUUGCGCGUGCCCGAGCGCUACUUCCCGGGCCGCUGCGACAUCCUCUUCCACAGCCACCAGUUCUUCCACCUGGCCGUAAUCGUGGGCGCCUACAUCCACCUGCGCUGCCUGUGCGUCAUGGCGCUGUACCGGCACUCGGCCAUUGGCGCCCAGUGCCACGCCUGACCAUAUCCCGCAAGCAAUAGCGAGCUUCUGUGAUACCGGGACGACGCCUCACACACGUGCCGGAGGGCCUCCCCUACAGCGCGCCACUAGGACAGACAGAGGGACUAUUUUGCAUACUUUUAUAUUCCCCGCCGGCCUACCCCUGCUGUGCGUAGACGGUGCAUCCUCGCCGCUCGCCGAGUUCGGUUUCGCACGCCCUUCCUCUCUCACCAUGCGCGGUUUUGUGCGAGCAGGUGCACACGGUAAGACCUGUCGCUCCCUCCGCUCAUGCCUCCGCCCGUGCACUCAGCCGGGGCCCGUUCUUCGUUCAGUGCCCCUGCAGCAAGCGGCCCUGAGCGACGAAGGCCCCGACAGGAAGCCGGGCGUCGUCACAUCCCAAGUGCCCGCUGGCGUCGGAGGGGUACCUUUCGAAUGCAACUUUACCAAUGUGCCCCUCGACAGGAUCUUUUUUGCUAUCUGAAACCACAGUGCCGCGACGUUGACUUGGGUUGCUCUGUCCCUUGCUGGAUGUCCUGAGUGCCGCUAAUCUCGUGCCCUCGUUCUGUACUAUAUACUUUGCUCUUUGCACCUCAAAGCAUCUCUAACUUCUCGCGUAGUUUUUCAACCUUCAUGAGAAAACAAAAAUGAAAGUGAGAGCGUAGAGCAGACGUAGAUUAGAGUAAGAAUUCUAUAGGGAGCAUUUCCAAUAACACAUAAACUGAGAGUCACAUUUUUAAGCACAGACACUGGGCAUCUCAAGCAGCCCAUGGCUGGAUUUCUAACCAGCGAGCUUACAGCGUGCGUAACAAAGGUGACGACACUGUUGAGAUACGCUUGCACACGCUGUCGUCCCCUCGGUUGCGCAGAUUACAUGCAAAGCUGAGAAUUCGCGCCGUCGCUUGCACAAUCUGUCACUUGACCUGCUUUAUGCAAAAUGUCUUUCUUCCCGUUCUAGGAAGACAUUAAUACUCACGCAUGAACUGAAGACAGCGCAAACUGUAACAGCGAUUCCUGAACCGUUUUGGUGUGCUUUUUCGACAGCGAAAAGCUUGACCAUAACCUUUACCUUCCCAACCCUCUCUCAGCGACACUUGCAUCAGCCCUCUAGCAAUUUUACUGCCCGCUCGGGCGCUUGUACAGUUAGGGUUCCGACUGCCUAUGUACAGUACAAAAUGUCACAUAUACUUAAAAUUUCCAUUUUAUCCCGUAAGGGGCCGCGAGUGAGCGAAAGUGACUGCAUGCAUGUCGACCAAGUGCGCUCGAGAACUUUCUAAAAGAAAAAAAAAUAGAAUGUCGCCUUUGAAUGACUGUGCAAACAAAACAUCUAGCAGUAUUUUUAACCUUGCCUUUCCUCUAUAUCACUCUCUAGCAAUUUCCCACGAUAAGCCCAUAUCCUGAGAAAAGACUCAGGCAGCUCGGUUGUCGACUUCCGGCUGUGCACUGCACAGAGCAUGGCACAGAGCAUAGCAAGAAGCGGCUCGAUCAGUACCGCUCGCUGGGAGCAGGCAUGCUUUCUUCCUAUCGGGACGCAAAACGCGCACAGAAUACUUACAGGUCAUUAGUCGCAUGAUUCCGGAUAGCGUAUCCUUCAUCUAGGUCUUUCACCUCCUAUUUUUUUAUCACAACAACGAAGGUGAGAUAUCUCUAUAUGUCCGUCUCCGGCUGGCGUAACAUCGCGCCGUCAGCUUACGCAUGUAGGUAUACUAGAUUCUCGCCAAGCCAGAAAGCACGAGAUGUCGGUAAUUCGACAAGCAUAGCGUAGUGAUUCAAUGCAAUUAUUCCUCAUAGACCAGCAGUGCGCCUUGGCUGAUAAAUAGUGCGCCAAGGGCGCUGUCCAAACGAAUAGUUUUUCAAAGCUGACGAGUAAUUUGAGCGGUGGAGAAAGCAAAAAAAAAAAAAGUGAAAUGCGCGAACUCUUUUAGGUAUUUGCUCUUCAGCACACUCGCCAUGGAGGCUCCGAGUCCACUAAGGCAGGAACCACACUGAAGUGGCGCUCUAGACAACAAUCAAGGUGCUUCACGGGUGCAAUGCAAUGUUUUCGCCCCUAGGUGUUACAGCGGCGCGUUGCGUAUCGAGCGAUAAGGGCUACACUCUAUAUGACCACGCUUCAUUUCGUGCACCAGCGCCUUCCUCUUUCAAUCAAGAAGUAUCGCGUAGCGGUUCGACCAACUGGCACAAAGUGGCACUCCAUUUGUACAUAGGUCCGCAUAUAGGCUGCUUCGCCGCUUAUUUGUUGCUCUUUUCUUUCUUUAUUUUUUUUUCACGCGUUUCUGUUAUACUCUUUGUUAGCGUUUGGACGUGUAAAAGAAAUGGCAUGCACUCAUGCAAAUCACGGGCUGGUGGCUUGCCGCGCCACCGGAGGAUGCAACGCGGGUCGCAUUCCUGAAAAAUGGAAAGGAAAAAAAAAAGAGAAGCGCGCGCAGUACUCUCUUAAGCCACCCACUUGUCUCAUAUAAUGCUGCUUUCGGUGCGAAACCUAGCUUCCCCGAGUGUAUAGAACAGACUAGGAGUGUGCGCGCAGAGUCGACUACGCCUCCGACUGUUCGCCAGUGAUGUUCUUUUGACCACGUCACACUCAAUGAGGAGUCAGAUUUCAAACCCACAGAGUGUACGAGCUGGGCGACGCGGAGGGAACUGCGCACGCCACCACACGGGCGCCUUUCUUUCGAGCGUUGGCGCUAGAGGUCUGCGCAUGGUUGCACUCUCUCCUCACAGUUCUCUAGUCAGGCAUGAGCGAUAUGCAUGGAUCUAAAGAGCCCCGCCUUCGUGUGCUAUAGCUAUGUUACGGCGUUUUGGUGAGCACGCUGGUGUCCGCCCGAAGCAAAGCAAAGUGAAAGGUGGCAUCGCACCUCUACCGACACGCGUCAGGCCGAGUACUCGCCAAUGUCGGAAGAUGCCACGAUUGUUGGCCUUCGUGCGAUCGCCUUGGCACCAUUCCUGGCUCCGGUCGACGCAACAGCACAGGCGCACAAUCCGGAUCACUCCGCGCGUACUCAUGUUUGUGCGCACAGACUCGUGCGCCUGCUUCGAGCGUGAUCAGGCUAAGCGAAAGAUCUCUGUUAUCGCACCACCAUAACAUGCGCCCGGCGCAGAUUUAAUGAAGAUGUGGCUCGUUUUUUUUUUUUUUUUUUCAAAGCCACGACGCCACUUUUGUGGUCUAAGAUAUUAAGGCGCGUGUAGUGUCUCCCUCUCAGUAAAAUUGUUUGCGUCUAACGCACACUAUUCCCUUCGGUGCAAUACACCCAAAUAAUAUUCAGCUACAACGUGCAACGACACAAAAAUGCAAUAAUGAAGGUAAAAUCAAAUCAAUGCUUGGAAAGAACUGACGGAAUAAAUAGCGAACUGUCCGCACUCGCUAGCGCUGCGCACUAAGGCAGAUAGGCGGCGUCUGUGGAGGAACUGUUUUGAAUACCGCUGACCGUUUGGUGCGAGGCUCCGAAGACGGCGCCAGAGACGACUGUUUGCUAUAGCGUGUUAAGUUAAUAAAGGUAUGAAGUAAAUAAAGGCAAACGGUUUGCACCGUUCGCCUUUGUAUAUUUCGUUUUUUUUUUUUAGCCGCAACGCACAGACAAUUUAGCGGCCUUAACUACAGAGCUAUUGCAUUGGUGCCACCUCCGAUAAGGUUAUAGAUAGUACUACUACACAGCUUGCACCUCUUCACAUUUGAACCCUUCCCGCCACCCACCCUCAAGAAAAGAAAUCGAUGGCUUACAUUGAAAGAUUUGCGCACCGGGAGCGUCUCUCUCCCUUUUGCAUUUUUUUUUUUGUUUAUUUGUCGAAGGGUCUUAUUCCCGGUCCACUUAUACCGUUCAUAGUACGCGAGCAGCAAUAACUUGGCGUUUUUGUUGUCUCUGCCAAGGGCAGAUAUUCAACUUAAAGACACCAAUUAUCGCUUUGCUCCACAGAGCACGACGACCAUGGUAGUCGUUGGCGAGUGCGGAAAUUAGCGCCUUCUCUGUGUUCAUGCACACGUUCGUGCAUACUGGUUUAUUGUAGUCCGCCUUGAAAUGUUACCAUGUCGCGAUGCGGACCUCGACAUUUUGAACUCGUAGUUCAACAGCCUUUAAUUUUUUUUUUACAUCCAGAAAGUUGUAAAACGGCCCGUGCGACUUGAAUCGCCAAAAAUUAUUCGUUUUGCCGAUCCCAAUCUAGCAAUGUCGCUAUGUGUCGACUGUUUAAAGAGCGUUAACGAGUGCACAAUUCUGAAUGCUGUGAGAGGACGCGCAUACCUAAUCGAUAUCUGAACUAAACUAAGAUAUUUGAGAAUAAUAUUUUCUCAAACGUAACUGUAAGGAUAUGAUCUUGUGUAGGUAUUGGAAGGUAGCCAAUAAAAAAGAAAAAUCUCGGCAAUCUCAGUUGUAAUCAUCACUUGAGUUCUGAACAAAUGAUCCCGUUCGUGUUCUCUUUUUUACCAUUAUUAUCAGACAUUAGCGCUCCCAUUAACGUUUGUGCUCGAAUUCCGUCCUUUAUAGUUACGAAUAAAAAAUAAUUUCCCCCUAAUAAUAUGCAAUAAGUGAGCGCAAGCAGAGAUAUUACACACGGCUUACAAUAGGUUGUCACGGCUAAGUACACGCAGACAAACUUCAGCUGAUAGCCCGUGAAUGAAUACAUUCUUGUUGCUCUUGGGUCAGUGUUGCGCUUUUCUGGAUGUAGAAAUGUUUAGGGCGCUUGUUAGACCAUUACAUUCACCUGAACGUCCAUGAUUCAUUGUGUUUGGAGAGAAAGUGAGCACAGAGAGCCCCACUGGCCUCGCGUUACACGCACGGAGAUUGUCGCGCGCAGCCUGUGCUUCGCGGACACUGUCGCGUUCUCUUUCACCAUGGAGAUGUUUGAGGUGUCGCGCCAAUGCAUCGUCAUCAAAGACCAAUAAAGCGAAUUAAAACGGAGAAAAAAAAAGAAAACAAUGCAGAA